UUAACGUCGAUGUUAAGUUAUCGAAUCUGCUGUACGCCAGAUAGUUUUGGAAGCAAGAUGGCGUUCUCUGGUAAACAGUAUGGGCUCAUUUUGCCCCAGAAGAGUGCAUCAAAAUCUGCCCUUCUCUCACGCCCCUCUGUGUUUGGAGAUGAUUCUGAUGAUGAGACCUCUGUUGGGGAAACCUUGCAGAAGGAGGCAGUCAAAAAGAAGAUGAUGAAGCAGACCCGUCUUGAGAUGCAAAAGGCACUUGAAGAGAACAGCACUGUCUAUGAAUAUGACAGCGUGUAUGAUGAUAUUCAGAAAGAGAGACUGGAAAGCAAUAAGAAAUUGCUAGGUGGCACAGAUAAAAAGCCCAAGUAUAUUAACCAGCUGCUUCGUGCAGUGGAGGAGAGGAAGAAGGAACAAGAACGUCGUGAUGAGAGGAAAAUUCAGAAGGAAAGAGAAGCAGAGGGCGAGAAGUUUGCUGAUAAAGAGGCCUUUGUCACCUCAGCUUAUCGCGAGAAGCUUAAAGAAAGACAGGAAGAGUUAGAGAGAGAGAAGAGAGAAGCAGAGUUAGAAGCUGCACUGGAUGUCAAGAAGCAGAAGGAUCUCAGUGGAUUUUAUAGACAUCUUCUCAAUCAGACAGUCGGAGAAGAGGCAGUUCCUGAUCGUAGUGCUCAAAGAGAGGACAAAGCUACAAGCUCUGCAGCAGCAGAAAAGCCACCGACCCCGGAGCCCGCAUUGAAACGAAGAGAGAGCGAGGCUGAAUCCCACAGUGAUGAGGACCAGAGCGAUAACAGAGCAACGUUCAAUAAAGCCACCACAAGCGGCAACCACUCAAAACGGCACUACAGACAAAAAUCCCCUCAUUCAGACAGUGGUGAUGAGGAAGACCGGGAGAGGAAAGAGGUUAAAGAAAGGAGUCACAAAUAUAGAGACGGGGAUAGAGCAAAGGAGAAAGAAAGGAUGAGAGACAGAGAAAGAGAGGACAAGCACAGUCAUAGAAAGGAGGACAGGGACCGCAGAAGAGAGAGGGAACGAGACAGGGACAGAGAAGAGGACAGAGGCCGAGACAGGAGGGAAAGGGACAGAGAUGACAGACAUGGUAAGAGGGACAGAAGAAACAGCAGCCCAAAAGACAGAGAACGGGAGCGGAAAGGAGAGCAAGAAAGAGACAGAAGAGACGACAGAGAACGAGACCGCAAAGAAGAGCAAGAUCAGAGGGACAGAGAAAGCCAGAAAAUGGACACCAAAACAAAAAUCGGGGAUGAUGAAAAUAUGACUGAGGGGAAAACGGAUGACGCUAAAGAAGAAGAAAAGGUUAUGGAAACUGAAGAUCAAAGUGAUGCAAAACCUAGUAAAUUUGCAAAACGCAGCAGUGACCAGACUGUAAAUUCAGCCAGAGAGAGAUACUUGGCCCGGCAAAUUGCUCGUUUUGCUGCGAAGCCCUACAUUGAAAAAGAUGAUGACUAGUAAAUGGACUGACCAUUAUCUCUCACUUUUAAGGACAUUGUUCCCUUUUUGAAACAGGAAAUAUGAGUUUGGUAAAGGCAAAUAAUUUGUUUAUGAACGUAAGGAAAAUGGAGCUUAUUAGGUGUUUUUUUGGGGGGGGGGGGGGGGGAAAGAGAGAUUUCACUUUAAAAAGUGUGUAAUUGUUCAUCUGUGUUAAUAAAAUAAACCCACAUGGUACUAAU